AUGCAGAGGCGAUCGAGAUACGGCGGUGACGACGAGUACUAUGUUCAGGUGAGGGAGCAUCGUGCGGCACUGGAAAGUGGAGACUUUGCAGGCUUGGACGAGCUCAGAAACCGUCAGGCCGGCCAGCUGGCGCCUGCGGUCCAAGUCGCCAGUGAGGCCACCAAAGCCAAAGAGGUUUUCCGCAAAUACAUUGACAGUGUGCUGGCGAAGAGUGCCAAGCUUCGUGCCCUGAUUCGUGAUAUCUGCAAGACCUAUGACGACCCCCUGGCCGUGAAGAGACCUGCCAGCUGCGUUUCACAGAUCGAGUUUGCGCGGGCGAUGACGGAGGAGUUUGGCGAGGAGGCCACUGCUGCAGCUGGAGUUCGUGAAUGGGCCCAAUCAGGCCUCAGCAACUCUGAGCGGGAUGUGCACAGAGUCAUCAAACGGCAGGGCUUGCGACUGGAGCUGGAAUUCAGCCACAUGCAGCUUGGGACAGAGCUCUGCAUAGAUUGGUUACGGCCGAUGACAUGGUUGAAGUAUAUAGUCGAACACAACCUGUGGUUUCAUUUGGCAGGUUUAACCUCCCCAGACUUGAAGCAAUGCCAGGCCACGUGGUCUGGAUAUUGGGAAAGGUUUUGUCGGCUGAACCCCGACUUCGACAUGCCUGCAGGUUUUGAUGCUCAGAACACAGCGGCCGUAUACAUACAUGGCGACGAAGGUCGAACGCUCAAGAAAGCUGCUCUGAUGAUCAUGGGGUUUCAGUCAUGCUUAGGCUACGGUUGCUCUGUCAACGGUCGGACGCGGAAAAGGAAAGCCGAUGGUGACAUCGGUUUCCAAUUGAACUAUGCCGGUCACUCUUUCACGACGCGGUUUGUCACGAACAUUAUGUCCAAACAAGUUACAGAGUCGUCUUUCGAUAUGGCUGCUGGCGAGCUGGCAAAAGACUUGUCUGACUGUUUGCUGAUCGGUUACACAUGUGGAGGUGUGACCUAUCGGCUCUGUGUGAUUGCAUGCAAAGGUGAUUGGCCAUUCCUGCUUCGUGCAGGCUUAUUUACGAGACAUUUUUCGCGAUCUAUCAAGAAGCUUGGCAACGAAGCCCGAGGGAAAGGCGUUUGCCAUUUAUGCAUGGCUGGAACCGAAAGCUACCCAGCAGAAGAAUGCGGCUACACCGACCCGAAGUGGCUGCAUACGGUGCCAGCGCCCCCGCCAUGGUCCAGAACACCUCCACUGCUCCGACAUUUGCCAAGCUCGAGAAGCGACCCGGCCACUUUCUUUCAGCCCGACCUAUGGCACACGGUGCACCAAGGGAUUGGGAAAUCCUUUGCAGCAUCCUGCAUAACAAUGCUGAUUUUUAUUUUGCCUGUUUACUCUUGUUUGACGAUGGAGAAAAGAUGGGAAACCGUCGGCACGGAUUAUGUGUCCUGGUGCAAGGCUAACAAGAGACAAGCUUUUGUGACCAAGAUCACCUCGAGCAUGGUAAACUACGGAGACAGCAGUGGUGCCGUCGGCGGAUGGCACAAAGGUGCGCUGACUGCAAACCUGUUGCUCUGGUUGGAGUGUGUCUUGACUCAAAACACAUGCAUGGGUGUGCAGAAGGUCAUCAUAGCUGCACGUGCUGCGCAAUGCAUCAACAGCAUGUUUCGUUUCUUGUACAAUGCUGGUGCCUUCCUGUCGAUGAGUGAAGGGGCUUAUGUGAGUAAGCAAGGGCUUCUCUUUUUGAGAUGCUACUGUGAGCUAGCUCAGAUCUUCUUUAGCGAAGGCAAACCCGCCAUGUUUCCGUUAAUUCCGAAACUGCAUUCGCUGGAUCACCUCAUGCUUCGAGUGCAUUUUGACUGUCACAAAUGUGGCUUUUCAUGCAAUCCAUUGGCAACUGGCUGCCAGCAGGAUGAGGACGUGGUGGGACGAGUCUCACGUGUAUCACGCCGGGUUUCUAUCCGGCAAGUAAUUCGUAGAACAUUUGAACGUUAUUUGGCAGGCAGCUUUGCUGUUUGGGUGGAAUCUGGCCUGUUGAUAGCCAAGUGA